AUGUCAAAUCUCACAUAUUAUUCAACGUUAGGUUACUAUGUGGUUCGUGUUGGUCGCGAACCAGGAAUUUACUUGUCAUCGGAACAAUGUAAACAACAGAUUCAUGAAUUUCCUGGUGCCUUGUAUAAAAAAUUUAAUACGAGACAGCAGGCUGAAGAUUUUAUUAAACCAAUAGAAGAUAUUAAAAACUAUUUAUCAGUUUGGACCGAUGGUUAUUGUUAUAAUUGUAAAGAAAUAAAUGGUAGAAAAUAUUAUUUAGGAAAAUUAAAAUCAAUCGCUGGUGUUGGAGUAUUUUUUGCUGAUAAUGAUGAUCGAAAUCUGUCUGAAAGAUUACCAGAUAAAAUUCAAACAAACAACCAAGCUGAACUAUAUGCUACUAUACGAGCAUUAGAAAUUGUUGAUAAACAACAAGAUAUUGUUAUAAAUACAGAUAGUAUGUAUGUUAUUUAUUCAUACAACAACGAAACACCUAAGCAAAAUACAGAUCUAGUCAAUAGAUUUAACGAUUUAAUCAAAGAGCGUUCAAAAAAAAAAUUUACUAGAUUAGAAAUACCAACAUCCAAAAGAUUAAUCGAUCAUUAUUUUAUCAAGAAAUCAGUUGAUAACUCAGAAAACUCAUGUGAUUCUUAUAUUGAUGAAUUUAUUUGUAUAUUACAAAUCUUAGAGGUAGAUAAAGACGAAGAGAAUGAAAAAACAAAUUUUCGAAGACCAAUUAGAUAUCCUGAUAAUGAUGGACAUAUAAUUGAAUAUACUCAAAUUAAGUUAAAUGAUAAGCAAAAUGCUCUUCUUGACAGAAAGCAUCGAGACUUUUUGAAGCAUCAUAAGUUUAUUCUUAAUAAAGACAAUAAUAUUAUCGAAGAAACUAGUAAAGAAUAUUUGAUCGAAUUAUUUUAUCCAGAAGCUAAAUUAGCAAAUAUCAGAUUUAAGAAUAGUUAUCCAUUCGAUUUACGUGAAUGUAAUAUCGAAAUUGUUUAA